AUGUUUUCGACCCUUCUUUUUGUGAAGAUUUUCCACUGGCUGGCGCAGAAACGGGUGGAGUAUAUCGAAACGACGCCUGCAGUAUCGCGGCUUUCGCACAUCCGGAUCACCGUGUUCAUGGUGCUGCUACUGGCCAUGGACUGCGUGCUCGAAUUCCAGGCGGUCGCGUACCUUCUGAAGACUCGCUCCGCUUCAGUCCGGAUCCUCUUCGCCUUUGAGUACUUCAUCCUUGCGUCUGCGAUGCUGGCGAACAUCGUCAAGUACGUGUUGUACAUGGUGGACACGGUGAUGGAGGGGCAGUGGGAGCACAAGGCGACGUACAUCUUCUACCUGGAGCUCGUGAAGGACCUCCUGCACCUGCUCGUCUACCUCGCCUUCUUCUCCAUCAUCUUCAUGACGUACGGCCUGCCGCUGCACCUAAUCCGCGACCUCUACGAGACCUUCCGCAACUUCCGCAUGCGCGUGGCAGACUUCAUCCGCUACCGCCGCAUCACAUCCAACCUCAACGAGCGCUUCCCUGAUGCCACACCCGAGGAGCUCGAGAGGGCGGACAGCACAUGCAUCAUCUGCAGGGAGGAGAUGACGUCAGCCAAGAAGCUUCCCUGCGGGCACCUCUUCCACGUGCACUGCCUGCGCUCGUGGCUCGAGCGCCAGCAGACCUGCCCCACCUGCCGCGCGCCCCUGCUGCAGCCCCAGGCGCAGCCCACGCCCCCCCCUGCCGCCGCUGCCGCCGCCGCCGCCGCUAGAAACGCCGCCGCUGCUGUUGCCGGUGCUGCCGGUGCUGCCGGUGCUGCCGGUGCUGCCGGUGCUGCCGGUGCUGCUGGUGCUGCUGGUGCUGCUGGUGCUGGCGGUGCUGGUGGUGCUGGUGGUGCGGGUGGUAAUGUGGGUCUUGGGGGGAUUGCUGGUCUGGGGUUUGGAGUGCCAGGGGGAGCUGGGGUUGUGCCUCUUGCCGUGGGGGUAUGCCGGCUGUGCACGUUUUUCACGGGCAGCUGA